AUGAACAAGCUCGCCGUUCGCCUCCCGAAAUCGAUCGCUCCAGUCCGGCCCCGGUUUCGUCUCGUUUCAAAGGCAUCCGACAUCUCGCUGAAAGAAAUCCUCUCACGAGAUGCUGCCGGUGAAAUACUCGAGCGAUUCUGCAAAGAUCAAAACUUUCUCAAACAAACAGACGAUGAAGGGAACACGAUGCUACACCUGGUUAUCAAGGUGGUCUUAUUAAUAAUGAUUUUUGGGGCUGAGCGUAUCACAUAUCGACCAAUUGGAGUCCCAGUUUGGAAACGAAUCUCUAAUCAUCUGAUCUACGAUUUUCCACCCGACAACGAUGGUUUGCCCGAUUCGAUUUAUCGAGGAGACUUAUCCAGUUAUCCGUCAGAUGCAUUGAAUUCGCAUUCACCUUAUGGGCCAACGAUGGACAUUGAAUCUGAGGAUGAGGAUGAAACAUUUCGAGAGUUCUUUGAAGAUUACCACCUUCGCCACUUCUCCACAUUUCUCAAGAACGGUGAUGAGCAUUUUGCUGAAAACGUGAUAAGUUGCGCAAAUUACCCGAAGAGUGAUCUUCUUUAUGGGGUAUUUCGAAUUAAGCAAGCCUAUGUAAAUCGAGGCGUUGGUUUUGAGUUACCACCACCAGAGCUCUGCGGAAAUGACAAACGACCCAAGAAGCUUUUCAGAAUUGAUGCACAAAUCACAUCUGGGCAAUCAUUUCUUCACACGUUAAAGGCUAUUGCUGAUGGCAUUACGAAAAACGAGACGAUAAAAGGCAAUCCGAUGAUUUCCUUCACGAAACCAAAAAGAGAUGGAUUUGUUCACCCGAUUGGAGCGUUUAUGGCCUAUGGGAUACAUGAGAAAUACGAUGUAGAGGAAAAUGCUGUCUCUGACUAUGCUCGAAUGCAAAAUGGAAAUAUGUUCUUUGCUUUUCGAGGUUCUCAAGAAAAUGAUCGAUUUGCUUAUUCACAUGCCACUUUUUUAUGGACCGCGGAAGAAACAGUACUGGUUGGAGACAAGAAAGUCACAAAACAGAUUCCGCUUCCAUUCAUCUACAACGUUGACUUCUUACUACACGAAAAGGAUCAAAUGAAUUCGGAACCGAUAACCAGUGAUGAGAUCCUGGAUAUAAUCAAUCAUAAACCGAAACAGAUGUCUCUUGGCGGUAUUCGUUUGGAGUUAAAAUGGGAUUCGUGGUCUUGUUGUAGUGCUUGUUGUGACAAACUGGAUUGGGAGAGUUGGCAUGCUACAAAUUGUCACGAUGUCCUGAGCUACCGUACUCGUCGGGGACUUUACCAUUUUACAAAAAUAAAUGACGCAGAGUUGAGAAAAAAUGACUCCGAAGGAGUUGCCGAUUUAUUCGAUGUAAAACCGUACAAAACAACAGGAAUUCCUGUGGCUUCAUCGAUUUGGAAAGUGUUUCCAAAAAUGUGGAAACGAAUGAACAAGCUAUUCAAGUUAUCGACAGAAGAAAUGUCGUUCGUGUGGAAACAAGUUUUUGAGAUGGCCGACUGUGCAAAGGAUAAUCAAAAGAAAAAUUGUACGGCGUGGGACAUUUGCCAUGGAAUCGAUCGUAAAAAUAUUCCAAGGGUGCAAAACGACGUAAUCGACCCAUGUAGUGGACUCGAGAUUAUGGAGUUUAAAGCGAACGCGGAGAAAAUGGAGCUCAUUGUUGAAGAGGGUGCCGUCUACAGAAUUGUUAUUGAUUUUGAUCACUACGAGCAAGAACCAAUGGAAGUGAGGAUA